AUGGCACUGGGUGUACGGGUCUUUGUUAGCCGUCACGUUAAGCACAAUGCAGUUUCUCUUAAGACUCAAAAGGAAGCAGGUACAGAGCACUUCAACUGUGCCAGAAGGGGACCGAGCCGAGUGGUGUUGCGGGUCACUGUAUCAAACCCAGGGUCAGGUCACUGUGGAUACCCUGGGUCGGGUCACUGUGGAUACCCUGGGUCAGGUCACUGUAUCAAACCCAGGGUCAGGUCACUGUGGAUACCCUGGGUCGGGUCACUGUAUCAAACCCAGGGUCAGGUCACUGUGGAUACCCUGGGUCGGGUCACUGUGGAUACCCUGGGUCGGGUCACUGUAUCAAAGGGUCGGGUCCCAGGGUCCUGGUCACUGUGGAUACCCUGGGUCGGGUCACUGUGGAUACCCUGGGUCGGGUCACUGUGGAUACCCUGGGUCGGGUCACUGUGGAUACCCUGGGUCACUGUGGAUACCCUGGGUCGGGUCACUGUGGAUACCCUGGGUCGGGUCACUGUGGAUACCCUGGGUCGGGUCACUGUGGAUACCCUGGGUCGGGUCACUGUGGAUACCCUGGGUCGGGUCACUGUGGAUACCCUGGGUCGGGUCACUGUGGAUACCCUGGGUCGGGUCACUGUGGAUACCCUGGGUCGGGUCACUGUGGAUACCCUGGGUCGGGUCACUGUGGAUACCCUGGGUCGGGUCACUGUGGAUACCCUGGGUCGGGUCACUGUGGAUACCCUGGGUCGGGUCACUGUGGAUACCCUGGGUCGGGUCACUGUGGAUACCCUGGGUCGGGUCACUGUGGAUACCCUGGGUCGGGUCACUGUGGAUACCCUGGGUCACUGUGGAUACCCUGGGUCGGGUCACUGUGGAUACCCUGGGUCGGGUCACUGUGGAUACCCUGGGUCAGGUCACUGUGGAUACCCUGGGUCAGGUCACUGUGGAUACCCUGGGUCAGGUCACUGUGGAUACCCUGGGUCAGGUCACUGUGGAUACCCUGGGUCAGGUCACUGUGGAUACCCUGGGUCAGGUCACUGUGGAUCACCCUGGGUCAGGUCACUGUGGAUACCCUGGGUCAGGUCACUGUGGAUACCCUGGGUCACUGUGGAUACCCUGGGUCAGGUCACUGUGGAUACCCUGGGUCAGGUCACUGUGGAUACCCUGGGUCAGGUCACUGUGGAUACCCUGGGUCAGGUCACUGUGGAUACCCUGGGUCAGGUCACUGUGGAUACCCUGGGUCAGGCCACACACACAGUUUCAACUGGAAAGCCACAAUAA